UCGAGCUGAAGAUAAUUUGUCAGAGAAGAUCACCCUACGUACCUGAAGAUAAUUUGAUUAUUAAUUAGCUAGCCUAGUCGAUCUGAUCAUCGAGUUAUUAGCCUUAGCCAUGGCUUCGUUCCGGACGUGGCACUGCUUGCUCGCCACCAGCUGCUUGUUCCUCCUGCUGCUCGCUUCGCCGGCGCACGGGCAGCUCUCGCCGUCCUUCUACGCGACGAGCUGCCCGACGCUGGGGCUCAUCGUUCGGACCACCAUGAUCAAGGCUCUCCUCGCCGAGCGUCGGAUGGGCGCGUCCCUCGUCAGGCUCUUCUUCCACGACUGCUUUGUUCAAGGCUGCGACGGCUCCAUUCUUCUGGACGACGUCGGCAGCUUCGUCGGCGAGAAGGGCGCCGGCCCCAACGUCAACUCCGUCCGCGGCUUCGACGUCAUCGACCAGAUCAAGACCAACGUCGAGCUCAUCUGCCCCGGCGUUGUCUCCUGCGCCGACAUCGUCGCCCUCGCCGCACGAUUCGGCACCUUCUUGCUGGGAGGACCAAGUUGGGCGGUGCCGCUCGGCCGGCGCGACUCGACGACGGCGAGCCUGACGCUAGCCAACAGCGACCUCCCGUCGCCGGCCUCUGGCCUCGCCACCCUCGUCACGGCAUUCGGCAACAAGGGCCUGAGCCCGGGGGACCUGACGGCGCUGUCCGGCGCGCACACCAUCGGCUUCUCGCAGUGCCAGAACUUCCGCGGCCACAUCUACAACGACACCGACAUCGACGCGGCGUUCGCCGCCCUGCGCCAGCGCAGCUGCCCCGCGGCGCCGGGCACCGGCGGCGACACCAACCUGGCGGCGCUCGACGUGCAGACGCAGCUCGUCUUCGACAACGCCUACUACCGCAACCUGCUGGCCAAACGCGGCCUGCUGCACUCCGACCAGGAGCUCUUCAACGGCGGCUCCCAGGACGCGCUGGUGCGGCAGUACAGCUCCAACCCGGCACUCUUCGCCUCAGACUUCGCCGCCGCCAUGAUAAAGAUGGGCAACAUCAGCCCGCUCACCGGAACCGCUGGCCAGAUCAGGGCAAACUGUAGGGUGGUCAACAGCAGCUGAAACCUGAUAGAUAUAUAGCGAGUUGCUUCCAUCACCAUCAGUAUUGAGUCCGAACGUAUAUAAAUAUGUACAAGCAGACCUAUAGAUACUGUUUGCAUGGGAGAAUGAGAACUUCACAAGUAGUGGAAUUUAAAUAUAUGUGAAAUUAUCUAUAUCCUUUUUCUUUAUCACAUACGACACACUUGUCUACCAAUGAAAUAAUUAAUAGUAAAU